UUCAGAACCUGACUAGUUCACACAUCAUGUUCUCUAGGCUGGGCGUUCCGCGUUUGUGUAUGUCAGGAGUUUCUUUCACUGCACAUAGCACCCUAAAGCGGUCGGUCUACAGAGCAUCCCUUUUACGGCCGGUGAUCGGAAUAAAACGUGAAACGGUGAAUCUGUGGGAACAACGAUCACCCCUCACGCCAAGCCAGGUACAACAACUAAUAAGCCAGCAUGGUAUUCGAGUACUGGUCCAGCCAUCCAACCGACGUUGUUUUACCAGUUUGGAAUACGAGGCUGCGGGUGCAGAAAUCGCCGAAAACCUGGAGGAGGCCAAUCUAAUAUUAGGAGUAAAACGUCCAGCGGAACUGCGUCCACACGAUUUGUUACAGGAUAAAACAUACGCUUUCUUUACGCAUACGAUUAAAGCUCAACCGGCCAACAUGAAGCUGUUGGACACUCUGCUGGAAAGGAAUAUUCGCAUCAUUGAUUACGAGUGCAUGGUGAAUGAACACAACAAAAGGGUUGUUGCUUUCGGAAAACACGCUGGGAUGGCAGGUACAAUCGAUAUUAUCCAUGGUCUGGGAAUCCGACUACUCGCACUGGGGCACAGAACUCCUUUUAUGCACGUUAGUAUUGCACACAAUUAUCACAAUUUGAAUGAGGCACAACAGGCAAUUCGACUGGUUGGUUAUGAACUCGCACUUGGUCGACUGCCUGCCUCUAUCGGCCCGUUGAUUUUUGUUAUCAAUGGAGAUGGAAACGUCGCUCAGGGUGCCGAGAAAAUUCUGAGCAAUCUCCCAGCAAAAUCCAUAAGCCCACGACAGCUGCAGCACGUGGCGAAUCACGGAGAAACGAACGUCAUUUACCUGUGCAAAGUAAACCCAUCACACUAUAUGGAACACAAGGAUGGGAAACCUUUCGUCAGGGAGGAAUACUUUCGAAAACCUGAGGACUACAGGUCAAAUUUUAUCAACACGAUUGCACCCUACACUUCUGUGCUCAUAAACGCAACGUACUGGGACUCACGGAUAGACCGAAUCCUGACCCGCGAAAACGUAAAAUCACUGCUCAAUGUAAAAGCAAAUGUCAAAGGGAGUCCUCUAGACGAGGCUUGUCCAACCCUGCCAUACCGGAUGAUUGCAAUCUGCGAUAUUUCGGCUGACACUAACGGGUCUAUUGAAUUCACCGAUGAAUGUACCACAGUCGAUGAACCCUUCGUUUUGUAUGAUCCACGAACUGACGAAGAAAAACGAACCAUUGCCGGUGAUGGUAUUCUGAUGUGUUCUAUUGACAACCUACCUGCACAACUUCCGUUUGAGGCAAGCGAACAUUUUGGCACUGCUCUAGUACCCUAUCUACCGGAUAUGGUAAGAUCCAACGCCACACAACCUUUUGAUAGAUACAACGCGGGACCUGUGGUUAAAAACGCAAUUAUUGCCUCAAACGGAGCACUUACACCCAAAUUUCAAUACAUCGACUCUUUAAGGAAGAAGACGGGUAUUUCCAACACUUCGAGUUCGUCGAAAAAAGUUCUCAUCUUGGGAGCCGGCUACGUUGUCCCGUCGGUGAUCGAAUACCUUUCCCGCGACAAAAGUAUUGAACUAACUGUGGUGUCAAACAUAUAUGACCAGCUUUCCGAACUUGCACGGCAAUAUCCCAAUAUUCUCGCCCGGAAUAUGAAUGUUUUGGAAGAUAACCAAAGCCUGGCCAACCUGGUCGAAAAGAGUGAUCUUGUCCUCAGCCUUAUUCCAUGGCGAUUCCAUCCAACCGUGGUUACAGAAUGUGUGAAGCAGAGAAGAAAUCUUCUGACGGCAAGCUAUUGCACCCCAAAUUUAAAAGAAAUGGAACGAAGCAUUCAGCAAUCCGGUAUCACCGCAGUCAUGGAAAUCGGGCUUGAUCCGGGUAUCGACCACCUACUAACCAAAGAGUGUAUCGACAAUGUCCGUGCUAUGGGCGGUCGGGUCAUAUCCUACCGUUCCUACACUGGUGGUUUACCAGCACCAGAGAACUCAAGUAAUCCUCUGCGAUAUAAAUUCAGUUGGAGUCCUGAGGCAGCCUUGUCCACCAUAAUGAACGGGGCCAAAUAUUUGGAGAAUGGGCAAAUUAAAGAAGUCCCAGCGGACGGAGCUUUGAUGAAAAUGGCUGUUCCAAUGGACAUAUUCCCCGGAUUCAACCUGGAGGGCUAUCCCAAUCGUGAUUCUACAAGAUAUAUCGGACUUUAUGGUCUCACGGGAUGUGAAACGGUGAUCCGGGGUACACUUCGGUAUACCGGUUAUGCCAACGCUGUUCUGUUUAUGCUUGAUCUUGGUCUGCUUCAGACGCAUCAGGAAGACCAUUUGAAACCGGGGGCGCAAAAACUCUCCUGGAGAGAACUGAUAUGUCAAAAACUUGGACUCCACAGUCAGCUAACUGGGAAUGAACUACGUCGGGCCGUACUCAGUAAGCUGGGAGGAAAUCAAGCCAAAUACGACUGCCUGAAUGAGCUCGGAUUUUUAUCGGAAGAUACAGUGGCCCAGGCCUGUACUCCACUGGCCAGUACGGCCUUGCAGUUGUCAAGGUAUUUAUCAUACGGUCCAAACGAACGGGAUCUCAUUAUCAUGGCCCAUGAGCUAAUUAUUGAUUGGCCGGACAGAAAGCAAAGGGAGCAGCGCAAAGUGAGUCUGGUAGUCUAUGGUAAGGCAGGCCAAGGGAAAGCCGGUUUAGCUAUGUCUCGCACAGUUGGACUUCCUGUGGCGAUAGCAGCGAAGAUGAUUUUAGAUGGUGAAAUAACUGAAAAGGGGAUUGUGCUACCGUUAAAACCAGAAAUAUACAAGCCCAUACUGGAGAAACUGAGAACCGAAGGAAUCCAAGCCCACGAAACAUCGACACUUUGUGACAUGUCAUGAUUAUAUGUAAAUCGACAGACCAUAAAAGUGAGGUCCAGGUAUUUGAAAAUAUAUCUCCUGUCUGAG